AUGCCAUAAGAAGACAUAGUGUAGAAAUUAUUGCAAAGAAUUUAAAUUCUUGUAGAUGAAGUUGAAACUUUGACUGCCUUGGUGGAUAGCAAUGCAUUAGAAUAAUAAGAGAUGAAUUAAAAAUAUUAAAAUUUAAUGGAGCUAUACCGAUAGAAGGAACUCGAGUGUUCAGAAUUGUAGAAUAAACUCAAUUAACAAUUUAGACUAAAUGUGAAAGACCAUUUGUAGUAAAUUAGUGAAGAGAGAUAGCACAUAACUUCCUUAUUAGUGCAUCAAAGAAAUGAUGUGCCUGAAACAUAAAAUCAAGCAUUGUAUCAAUUAUGCUAAUAGAAAACUGCCGAGAAUCAAUUGUUGAGAAAUAGACAAGAUCAAUUGGAAUAAGAAAAUGCAUUUUUACAUUCAGAAAAUAUAAGAUUGAGAACUUAUAUACAACAUGAAAAGAUGUUCAGAUAAUUGGAAUAUUUUAAUGGAAAUUACAACCCUUAAACUGUGGCACCAGGAUAGAAUGUGGAAAUUCCUAAUAUAGUUUUGGAUCCUAUGUAUGAGUAGAAAUACUUACAAGAAUAUUUGCAGUCUAGACAAGUAGUUUAGUGA